CACCCACUUCGAAUCCCAGCUCAUCUCUGCCGAAGCCGCCGCUGCCUUCCUCAGCCCAUUGCUUUGGUUUUCCGCCGAUCUCAGAACCAAUGUUCACCACCAUGAACUUUCGCUCUCUCCUUGUACUAUCAGCCAUUUUCAGAGUAUUCUUAGUCAUAUAUGGUGAAUGGCAAGACACCCACAUGGAAGUCAGGUACACUGACAUUGAUUACCUUGUUUUCUCUGAUGCUGCUUCUCUAAUGGCCUCUGGCAAAUCCCCUUAUCUUAGAUCCACAUACAGAUACUCACCUUUACUAGCUUUUUUGCUCCUACCCAAUUCGAUUUUCCAUCGAUCUUGGGGCAAGUUUCUCUUCUCAGCUUCAGAUUUGCUUGUGGGGUGUUUUAUAAGGAGUAUUUUGAAGCUACGUGGGGUCCCAGAAAAAUUUUGUGUUAGUUCUAUAAUGGUCUGGCUGUUCAAUCCAUUUACUUUUACAAUUGGGACUCGUGGGAAUUGUGAGCCUGUUGUUUGUGCUAUGGUUCUUUGGGUCCUCUUAUGCCUCAUGAAUGGUCGUGUGUUGCAAGCUGCAUUUUGGUUUGGGCUUCUUGUCCACUUUAGAAUCUACCCUGUAAUCUAUGUUCUUUCUAUUCUUCUGAUUCUUGAUCCAUACGUCUUCCGAUAUGGUCGGAAGCCUGCUCUUCAAAAUUGGGGGCGCACUGAACAAGAAUCUCCUCGAAGCAAUUGUAUUACAAGACUGGCUGCUCUGUUCCAUCCAUGGUCUACUUUGAGAACGGCAUUAACAAAAGAGAGAAUACUUUUUGGUUUUGUUUCUGGGGCUGUUUUCUUAUUUUGUACUGCCCUUUUCUUUUGCCUUUAUGGGUGGGACUUCUUGCAUGAGGCACUGCUAUAUCAUCUUACCCGUACGGAUCCAAGGCACAACUUCUCCAUUUAUUUUUAUCAUAUAUACCUUCAGCUGGAGAAUGAAAUCUUGGUGGUGGAGAAGCUCAUUUCGUUUUUGCCUCAAUUUGUAGUGCAGUUCAUUCUUGUUCUGAGUUUUGCACAAGACCUCCCGUUUUGCUGGUUUUUGCAGACGGUUGCAUUUGUGGCAUUCAACAAGGUAAUCACUGCACAAUAUUUUGUGUGGUUUUUCUGUCUUUUGCCUCUAAUACUUCCAUGGAGCCAAAUGAAGUUAAGAUGGAAAGGUCUUUCCUGCAUAUUAGUGUGGAUGGGUGCUCAACUUCAUUGGUUGAUGUGGGGUUAUAUGCUCGAAUUCAGGGGAAAGAAUGUCUUCCUUCAACUGUGGAUGGCAAGCAUUUUUUUCUUAGCUGCAAACACCUAUGUUCUUACAGCAGUCAUCCAGCAUCAUCGAUGCUCUCCGGUUUUCAUUGGGUUAGAAAGCACUUCGAAGGGUGCAAGGAAAUUACAAUGAUGGAACAAGUAACUUUAUUGAUUGCUCUUCAUGUUGUCUAUCAUACUUUUUCUCCAACUCUGUAUUGGAAAAUUAGAUGGUGCAGCUGUUUCUUUUUUCCAGUUUUAGAAUAUCAGUAUGUAACCUUUCUAUAAUGUAAGAAUACAUUUCGUUCGUUUAUCGCCCAUUACAUGCAUCUAACUAAGAAUUUCCUCUCUUUAA